AUGUAUCCGACCCCCGCCUACAUCGUCAACGCUGCCUACCACCUAGGCACCCUCGAGCGCAAGCCUCGGAACAACAAGGCGGUGCUCACAUGCCGUGCCAGCGAGGAUCUCCGCGCCCACCCCAAAGCUCCAGAAGACUUCGAAUGCCUCAUCGAUACAGAGACCGCCCCGGAGGUAUACCAGCUACGCACGAUUCAGACGAAAAUGCAUAUCAGUAAAACCAUCGAUCUCACAGUCAUAGAACUUGGGGCCGCGGAUACGGUUCACGAACUGCGGAGGACUCAACCUAUGAUCUUAUGGGAGAUAGACGCGCUCAAGAGGCUCAUGGAGGGAGAUGAGGCGAGCUGGGUCUACUCGCACGUUUCUUCAAGUCUGCCCUGGAUCUGCGUGAACCUCGUGGCAAGAACCGGUAAACCAAAACGGAAAAGGGGGGAGGAUUAUGAUGGAUAA